CCGACGCGUGCAGCUGCGGAUCUCCAGUUCCAAGGGCCUCCCUCAGAGCUACCAUCUGCGGGGACAACUGGCCUAGAGCCAUGAAGACCAAGAACCGGCCCCCCAGGCGCCGGGUGCCAUCGCAGGACACAGAGGCCACCGCAGGGGAACGGUCCCCGGACAGGGCCCAGCAGGGGUCGGGGCCAGAGCUGGCCAAGGGUCUGCGGAGCAGGACGGCGAGGGCACAGGGGGCACGGGCGGAGGCCGGGCGCCGGCGGCCGGGGCCCUCGGGAGCUGGUGGCCGGCGAGAGAACAGCAUCCAGCGGCGGCUGGAGAGCAACGAGCGUGAGCGGCAGCGCAUGCACAAGCUGAACAACGCCUUCCAGGCACUGCGGGAGGUCAUCCCGCACGUGCGGGCCGACAAGAAGCUCUCCAAGAUCGAGACGCUCACUCUGGCCAAGAACUACAUCAAGUCACUGACCUCUACCAUCCUGACUAUGUCCAGUGGUCGCCUCCCGGGCCUGGAUGGGCCGGGCCCCAAGCUCUACCAGCACUACCAGCAGCAGCAGGCAGCUGGGGGCCCCCUGGGGGCCACAGAGCCCCAGCCCGAGGGCCACCUGCACAGGUACUCCACGCAGAUCCACAGCUUCCGAGAGGGCUCCUAGCGCCUGGCCUGGGGGGCAGCGGCCAGGCCCGCUCCCCCCAGCCCUGCUGCCUCCAUGCCAAGAGCCCCAGAUUGGUGGUGACAGCCCACAUGGACGUGGCCCCAGUGGCUCCAUUUCCCUGAACACUCAGCUGCCUGCGUGGAGCACGUCCUGGCCUUCAGGGGAUGAGACCAGUGAGCGGUUUGGUCUGGGCCAUGGCUCCGGGCAGCAUAAAGCCCAAACCUCCGCAGAGGUCCCAGGACCUGCUUUUUAAUUGACUAGGGCCACAGUGGACAGGCCUUUGUAACUAAAUUCUCUUCACUCCCAACUCCCUCCUGAGGCAUGGGGAGAUUCCAGGAAAAGGUCGAGUUUUGGUAAGUUUCCCCAGUUCCUGCAGAGGCCCAGGCCCUGGAAGGGUCCUCCUCCAACCUCCAAUAUAGCCUCCUCAUUCGGGGUAAACUGAGGCACCGAGCAAGCAAAGCCCUCGGCCACAGAGCGUGGCUAAGCCAAGAUGACUGAUUCGUGUAAUUCAGCGUGUGUCAGGUAGAAACCCCCAAACCCCUAGAAAUACUAAUCCGAUUACCUCAAGUUAAUUCUAAAGGGACCUUGGCAGGGAGAGCGGCAGGGACCUUGUCCUCGCUCCUGCUGGGUGGGGGCUCCUGACUGUGGAGGGGCUCGCGGC